ACUCUCCCUCCAUUAAACCGCAAAAAUCUCCUUCGUUUUCACCUCACAUUCCUCCACCUCUCUCAAAUGGCUUCAAACCACUGAAAAUGUGAAAAAUCCUCGCUAUCAACAAAUCCCAAUUGAUUGACCAAUCGUAGGGAUGAAGUAAACAAAACCCCCGAAGAAACCCUUCUGAAAUUUAUCCAAGAAAGAGGAGAAGGGUUUUCAGUCUCUUUGCAAAAUGCACUGUUUGAAUUUGAAGAUUGUUACGAAUGUCAACGCGCUGUCGUUUCCGGGUCGGCUCAGUAGCGUCGUUAAAGACUGUAAUUUGAGGGUGAAUCGAAUCGUUGCUUGCAGCGUACCGGGCGGUUCGGGUUCGGGUUCCGGUCCGGUUCAAGACUCGAGCCGGGGUUCUUCGAUUUCUAGAUCAGAGACGUAUGCUUUGUUGAAGCAGCAGCUGGAAGUUGCUGCGAAAUCUGAGGAUUACAGGGAAGCUGCUAGGCUUCGUGAUUCAUUGAAGCUAUUUGAGGAAGAGGAGCCAGUUUUGCGGCUUCGGAGAUUAUUGAAAGAGGCCAUUGCACAUGAGAAAUUUGAGGAUGCAGCUAAGAUCCGUGACGAGUUAAAGGAAAUUUCUCCGUACUCUCUUUUGAAGUGCUCAAGUGAUGCAACGACCUUGGGGAUUAGAGUUCAAGUUAGGAGUGUAUACAUUGAAGGAAGAAGUCAACCCUCGAAAGGGCUUUAUUUUUUCGCGUAUAGGAUCAGAGUCACUAACAACUCCGAUCGCCCUGUACAACUUCUAAGAAGGCACUGGAUCAUAACCGAUGCCAAUGGGAAAACCGAAAGUGUCCAGGGUGUUGGAGUUAUAGGUGAACAGCCAGUUAUACUUCCCAAAACUGGUUUCGAGUAUUCAUCUGCUUGUCCACUAAGCACGUCUAGUGGGAGAAUGGAGGGCGACUUUGAGAUGAAGCAUAUCGAUAAAGUCGGUGCUCAAACGUUCAAUGUGGCUAUUGCCCCCUUUUCUCUCUCCACAUUUGGAGAUAGCGGUGAUGCUAUUUGAGAGAGACGACAUACUAAACGAUCAAAUUGUACUGUAUUUUUUACCAAAAUUGUUAUGGUAAUUACCAAUUGCCCAGCUGUGAAGACCGAGUAUAAGAAAUGUAGCUAGGAGUCUGAUUAGUGAUUAGCUCGAAACCAAAAUCAGAACUUUUAAUUUGUUUUUUACAGUCAAUGUAUAAACGGAGCGGACUGUAAUAUAGAAAAUGUAUAGACAUUAUGAGAAUGUAUACAAAGUAUUCAAUUUUGGCUGCUA